AUGCUUCACAGCCAUGCCGUCUUACGCCAAUGCGUGAGAGCCGUCUCUCCCCGAGCCAUCCCUAUACCGAACACGCGACAAUUCCUUCCUCCAUCAGCGCCAUGUCUGGUCCAGCAGCGUACACGCUCCUGGUUCUCGAGGCUGCUAGGAACGGGUUUCAAUACCGUCCGAAAGAGCAAGUCCAAGGCAUCCAAGAAAGCGGCCAAGAAGCAGCCAACAUCCUCUCCUACGAGAGCACGGUCUGAUCCCAGAGGGCCUGGAAAGACCGCAACACAGGCGAGAAACAGUGUACGUGAAGCGACACAGGAAAAGAGUUCAACACCCGAGGACAUUCCCCUGCCAUCAACAGCCCUAGCUUCCCAAGAUCACGACGAUCUAUGUUCAUUUCGUCAACGGAGUACCAAGAACGGCGUGAAUAAGCAAUCCACAUACUACAUCGGCACAGAGUACGAAUACACAGUAGCAAAAUCUCUCAAAAAGUGGUACGGAAUGCUCCUGGAACGACGUGGUGGCCCCAACGACGAAGGUGUGGAUCUCGUUGGCAGCUGGAGGCCUCCAGGCAACUUGCGAGAUUUCAAGGUCCUGGUGCAAUGUAAAGUCAGCCGCCCAAACGCUGCGAUUGCUCGUGAGCUGGAGGGCGCAUGCUCUGGAGGACGACCGGAUUGGCGAGGGGACGGUGUGCUGGCUAUGCUGGCUUCUCCGAAAGCAGCAACGACUGGUAUGUGGCAGACGAUGCAACGCAGCCCAAGACCGAUGUGUUUUGCGCAAGUCUCCAACAGGUGUCAUGUCGUCGACUUCCGCUCCAAUGACGCGGCCGACAAAGCUGGCCUAGACGAGUUGGAAAAGCACACCAUUUACAUACCCUCGAAACCCGCGAAUGGAAAGACUGGGCGAUCGAGACGUAGCACUGCGGUCUCAGCAAAGGGUAGGAUAUCAGCAAUCACGUCCAUCAUCAUUAAGGGCCUAGUCUACGCCGUAGCCGUGCUCGCGGUCUCCACGAUGCUCGGUAUAUGCUAUCUCUUGUUUGCCAGCAUUGCUUUGGGAUUAUGUAUAGCAUUCUCAUCGAAACAAUACUGUAUGAAGAAGACUGGAGAUGGGGAGUAUGCGGGGUGGCAUUGGAUAACAAAGGACUGA